GUUGUUUUGUACGUGAGCAAGAUUAUGUGCGAAAGGGAAUGGCUCAAUAUAAAUAUUUACAUUUGCUUUCGCGAUCUGUUGAUAUUUGCGAGCCUCUAUUGAUAUAAAAAAACAAGCGUGUUAUGUGGUUGCGGGCUGGACGAAGAAAAUUGUGUUGCGAAAUAAAAGUAGAAGGGAUAAAAAUUCAAUAAUUCAAAAACUCGUCCAAGACUCAUGCUGGCUGAAUGUGUUCGAAUAUAAACCUUAAUUUCAUUGACUGAUAAAAAGGAACUGUUGGACGGCUAAAUUUAAGAUAUUUCCGCAGUUCGCUUGUUAACUCAUUUCUCCAAAAAAACAUUUUACAACAGCGAGCAAUUAAAUUUAACGAACAUAAAAUCAUUACAUCCGCGAGUAAGCAUCGAAUAAACUUUCAGAACGUAUCAAUAACAGGCUAUGAACAAACUUGCCAAGAAAGCUUAUCAAAUAGUAAAUAGCAGCCUCGAAGCAGAAGUCAACACUGCAUAGCAAUAUGGAUCGGAUAUUUAUUCUCUUUUUGCUCUUUAGCUGCGACGCCGUUGUGCUCGAUAAGUUCAACGAGAAUGAAACAGCAAUUAAUAGCCACACCAACACCAAUGUUCCUGUAUUAUUAAGUAAUAUUAGUCUUCAUACAAACUUAAAUGUAACCACACAAUUGCCGACGGUAGCAAAGGACUUUGUCACUGUCAAUGUAAAUACGCUUCCAUUGUCGGUGUCAGCAGCAGGAGCUGGUGUCUCUGUUGCGCCACAAAAAGUGCCUUUGAGACGCAAUGCAAGUGAAUCGAGUAUUGUUGGCGCUAUGGGAGUUACCUCCCCUUUCGCUCAGACUUCGGCCAGCGUGUUUUUUGCAAAUUACUAUAACCAGCAAAAUGUGCUGGAACUUGUACGCAAUAUCGACACACGACUGCGAAUCAUACGUAAUGUUGAAAUGCGAGUUGCAACCAUACAGGAAUUAUUUGACUCCAUGCAUUUCAGCGGCAAUGGUGCUGCCGUCAGCAUAAACAUAUUUAAAAAUAAUAGUGAGACACAACACAAUUCUGCGUCGGCAACUCUUCAGCGUGACCUGCAAUUAUUCAGCAAACGACUUGCAAAGAAACUGCAAAAAGCAACGCAUAUAGUGCUAGAGUUGCGUGACUUCUUUCGUUUCAACAUCACAAAAGUACUGCUGCAACAGCAUCUACAAGCCACUGAAUACGGUGAUAUAAGCGAAGAUAAGGAUUCGGAAGAAGAAGAAAGCGACGCCGACGAAGAAGAAGGCGUAAGUGAUGACGACAGCGAAGAGGAUGAAUUCGACAUUGAAAUCGACGAUUUGGAUGGCUUAGUUGCUACAGGUCAUGGAGUGCGUAAUCUGCAUAUGUAUUUGCACACCUGCAUUCAAGGCUUCCAACCAAUUACAAGCGAAAGUAAAGGAUUUAUGACCACUGAAUCAAAUUACAACAAAAAACAAAUACAAAUAUUAAACUACCUUAAGACUGAUUCAACAUUAACACAGACCCAUAAAUCACAAUUCUACCGCCAGUUCGACAUGAGCAACUAUUUCAUGGAUGAAGGUUCCUUUGAGGCACGCGCCAACGCGUACAUACUCGAGAAACUACAAACGCUCAAGAAUGCACUAAUGAAAAGUGAUUUUUCAAUUGAGCAUCCUAAAAUGUCGUCGAAUGUACGAAGCACGGCCUCAACAAUUACAACUACGACUAAUACGAAACUAAAAUUCCUAGGAAAUCACUUUAAACACAUUUUUUUUCUAUCGCGUAGUGAUCAUGCUGAUGAUUUGCGCACACAUUAUUAUACGGAGAAUUACUUCCAGCAAUUAUAUGUAUCAUCUAUAAAAAAUAAAUACGUUUUUCUCUUGCUGGAUGUUGGCUCGGCAAUGAAUAUGGAAUUAUUGGAACUAACAAAGGCAUUAGUAACCAAUAUUCUGCAACUGCUAUCGCCCACCGAUUUAAUUUCUAUCGCAACUGUUACGGAUGAAGCACACAUAAUGCAGUUCGAACCCUACCCUAACGACAUGUCAACUAGCGUAUUUUACGCGACACGUGCACGCAAAGAGGAGAUUCUUAACCAUAUACACUCACUUGUAGUGACGAAGGGCCAAACGAAUCACUCUCUGGGCUUCGAGUAUGCCUUUAAACUGAUUCAUCAACUACAGAACAGCAGCAUAAUCACUGAACAAAACCCCAUACAAUUCGUUUAUGCCACCCGGGGACUACUCACAAAUCUCUCCGAUACAAUGCAUGUACUCCAGGUGAUUGCCAACGGUCAGCGUCAAUUGAUAGAUCCAAUUGUGAUACACACUUGCGCUGUGGUCACCGAUGAAAAGCGUAUCAUGUAUGAGAAGCAGUUUCUUACCGAUAUUGCCAUACAAAACUACACAAAGUACAAAAUACCAGUAAACGAAUGGUGUGAAAAUGAUACGGACCAACAGCAAUUAGCGGGAAAAUUUUUCGUACUCACUAAGGCGCAAAUGGAUGAUCUGAUGCGGCUAAGCGUUGCCCUUUUUCAGCACACAUUUAGGGAACGAUAUUUGAGCGAGAGUCUGGAAGUGCAACUACCGGUGGUGGAACCAAAUAGCCAAGACGCUAUUAUAUCGGUAACGCAUGCCGUGCCUCCUUUUGGUGUGGUGGGUGUGAAUCUUUACCUAGCCGAUUUGAUCGAAGAUGUCAUCAGUUAUGGACAACCAGCACAAAAUGCCAACAAAAACGAAUUCAACUAUGCUUUUCUUAUUGAUCGGAACGGUAUAACCAUCGCUCAUCCGGCUUUUCCACGCCCUAUGGCCCAGCAACAGACACCGUUUCCUGUAGACAUUGGCUUUUUGGAAAACUCAACUGAUUUUGCUUAUACAAGAAGACUUAUUUUGCAUGAUGAAAUGGGGAAUAUAACAACGAGCGUUUAUCUCACCAGAGAUCGUAAGAUCGAGGCUUUCGAACGUAUAUAUCAAUGGCAGUCCAUACUGGGUAUAUACAUACUAUGCCUUGUGUCCACUUAUAAACCAGAAAUAUCCUCCAGCAACUCGACAACGCCAGCGAGCACUGAUAAUGCUAUAAGAUCAGCAACUCUACAGGCGCCUCCAAGCCUACCACUCUCUUUACAGCGUUUCAGUGUGCCCAAGGACAACGUGCCACGCUUCCACCACAAUGAUUACGAAUAUUUGUCCAGUAUGGAGUUACUGUAUCACCGGUUGGAUUUGGUACCGCCACCAAAUGGGCAGACGUGUCGCUACUUUCGACAAGUAGCUACCACUGACGCACCUACUCUAUUUCUGAGCGCUUCAGCUUUCAUGUCGCCGUUCACCUUCUUGCACAAUAAUCGCGUGAAUUCACCGCGAGCCCAAAUACGAACAGUAGAGAGUAUAAUGGCUUACUUAAAGGACACUACCGGUCUCCUAGCCAAUCCAGGCCUUCGUCCACAAAUUCGACACGAGGUGAAUGCACUCUAUAGCGCCAUGCAACACUUGAAGAAACGUCAUCAAGACGCACGUGGCACACUGAAAAACUACAUAAUACGCCGUUAUAUCGCUACAGUAAAUGGUGUGCUACAAGUUUUCCCCGGUUGUUUGCUUAGCACCAAUUACGAUCCCACUCGACGGCCGUGGUUCCGAAGGGCUUUACAGCAGCCUGGUAAAAUUAUUACAACCGAACCUUAUUUAGAUGCUGGCGGCGCAGGUUACAUCAUCACCAUUGCGCACACAAUUUUCGAGGGCAAAUCCAAUGCUUUACACUCCGUCGAACGCGACCAACCGGUUGCAAUCGUUGCGCUAGACCUACCAUAUGCUUACUACUACAAAAUGAUACUUGAUUCAACUCCCCUUUGCCAUAUGAAACAUAUCAAAUGUUUGCUCUUCGAAAACGAAGGUUAUCUUAUAGCGCAUCCUAGUAUGCUGGAGCCAAGCUCACCAGCGCGCAAUCAACGCCGACCCCAUGAACAUCUCACGCACAAAGAGUCGUAUCUAGCGAAUGAUAUCCUCAAUCACAAAUCGCUGAUGCGUAAAUUGGCUUGUGCCAACUACCAGAACCGUACGCUCCAACGCUACUAUGUUUUCAACACUUCGCUGGGCGAUAUCCUCACGAAUGUCGUGCAUGGCGAGCGCACAAAAUAUGCAAUCGCGCUGGUAUAUGGCAGCAAUAUUUUUGCUGCAGUACUCAAUUCGACCUGCGAUGGUGGUGCCUUCUGUCCCUGUAGUACUAUCGAUCGCGUGUGCUUGAAUUGUAAUCGUAUGGAUCAGAUGGAUUGCGAAUGUCCUUGCGAGUGCCCCAUGGAAAUGGAAGUAUUUAAUGGAGUAGUUGGUGCUAGCCACCCAGACUCCUCAGAAUCAAAUGCGGAGCGUUUUGUGAACUAUACCCAACAGUUUUCAUACUGCGAACCGCCAAGCGAACAUUUCAUUGCGCUGCCACCGGUCAGCGCGGAUCAUCAGCUACUACACUCGUGUGUCAACAUCAACUGUGAUGUAUACGGGACGCAGAAUGAAUGUCUGGCAGUGAUGGGUUGUGAAUGGUGUCAGCAAGACGUGGACGGAAAUAGCUUUACAACGUCUUUUUGCGCGGCGCAGGCGUCUUGCUUUAAUGGAGUGCUUUCCUCGCUAACACCUUACGGUGAUUUAGACGACGUGGAUAUAAUCGCCGCACAUACUUAUAAUCCCGGUCAGAAACCGAACACAUACUCGGCCUUCGGUCCUGUCGGAGGCGCUAUUAUUGUCUUGGGCAUCGUUAUUGGCUUUGCCAUUUAUUGUUAUCGACACAAUAUGGACACGCAAUCACAAGAGCAGUUCUAUAUGGACUCCAUGCAAGAAGAGAAUUAUGGGCUUCCAUUGUCCCGCUUCAAUUUUGAUGAUUGCCAAGCGCACGACGAUCCACCCGGUGGCAAUGGUGGUUACGAUCACCCAUCGGCACAGCGCAACCUCAUGCAUCCCGCCGACAUUUCACCUUAUCACAUGUCCACUGGCAGCAGCUAUCGACGACCGCCAAAUGGCGAAUCGGAUCAUGGUUACUCCACAAUGACACCACACGAGGACUCCUCCGAUCAUCAGUGUUUCGCAUUGGCGGAGCCAUUAUUAUUGCACGAUAAACGCAACAGCAAAUCAGAUACAAUGUCCAUAUCAACAUCAAUAUCGAGUCCAACAAAUCGGCAUCAUCAACCACACUAUCCAAACCCCUACCUCAACCAUCCCAUGCCGACGCCCGCGCAAGCAAAAGAUGUGGUAGCAACGCGUUAUCAAAUAAACUCUCCGAAAAAAUUUCAACAGGUUGUAACGCCUGUACGUCACAUAGGCGAUAGUGGGCCUGCCUAUGGGCAGACGACAUUGCCACUCACUGAUUCGGCGGAGGAGUACGUGGCUGCGCCGCGGUACAUAUUAGCGCCGGUGACGGUGCAUCGACAUAUGGAGCCGACCGAAACGUAGUUUUAUUGGCCUGUUUGAGGAGAGUUUGACACAUAUUAAUUUCAUAGGUUAGGAUAGAAGUUAAAAGUAUUAAUACAAGGUAUUGUUUGUUUAACAUGCAUUAAGGUUUUAUUAGUAUUUAGAUGAGAAAAUUGAAAAAAAAAAAUUGUUUUAUGCAUUUUUAGAGCAAAACAGUACUUCCAAGAGCCUGUGUGUUAAACAAACAUCAUUUCGUAUGUAUUUAUUUUAAUGCAUCUGCUUGUUUGCCAAUUUAUUGCUAAGUUCUAAACAUAGCAUACGUCUAGUGUAACUACAUACUGCUGCUUUCUGCAGCAUUUUUAUUUUCAAAUAAUGUUAAGUUUUAACUUCGUACUGUAGUAUUAAAAGUUGUAUAUACGUGCUACCAUAUUUUAUAUAAAUGAUGCAUUUGACUCCAAGCUGUUACAAGUUACCUACAAAACACAUCUCGAAACUCUUACUUACCUGGGAAAACCAUAAAAACUACAUACAUUUAAUUGUAAUUUCGAAUGUAAUUAUGUGAAAGUGAAAUUAUUGAAAACUGCGCGCACAGCUGAAGUCGCAAGUCUCGUUAUCAUUGUUCACAAUUAAUUUAUCAAUUGCACGUUGCAUGCCAUCUACUGCUCGACGGCCUGCCUGCUUGUUAGCGUAAUCGAUGUUUUCCACUACUUUUAAGCACACAAAUACGCAUUUAUAAAAUAAAAUAAAAAAACAUGUCUUUGGCCUAUCUUAUAUGUGACUACUUUGGCUUUGUACAGUUUGUUAAAAUAAAAUGUUAAUAAAAAAUAUAAGUACUACGUGAAACCAUCCAUUAGAUAUACGAAAUUCGCGGGCAUUAUUAUUAAAAAACAUUAAAUAACUUUUACAUAUUGUAAAUGCUAACGAAACUGAGUGACUUGAACCAUUAUUUGCCGCAUGUGAACUGCAAACUAUACACAUACUUACUUGUGGUAGUUACUACUACUUUCAUCUGUAUUCCAAACUAAAUGCAUAAGUGGCGGUUGUCGCUUUUGCAACUAUUGUUUGUUUAUUGUAACUUGUUAUUUCAUAUUUUUGCAUAAGGCAAAACAUACUAAGCAUUUAUAUACAAUCAUGUAUAGUAUGUAUGUCUAAAAUAUAUAAAAUAAAUAUAUGUACUUAUUAUAAAAAAACAUAAAUUUAGCAAUACAUACAAGAAGUAUACAUACACACACACAAACGUUGUUUACCUAAGUAAUUAUUUUAAAAAGAAACUAACUGUUUACUCAAAAUAAAUGAAUACGUAUAAGCACUUAAUUAUUUACAUAAAAUUAUAGAUGCCAAGAUACUGAACAUUUUUUAAGAAUAAAACAAUUUUUCAGCAUCCAAACUGCAUUCAAAA